UUGUGUUUGAUUGUAAAUUUUUUUUUGUAAAAUUGCGUGAUUAUUGAUUUCGUUCGGAAAUUUGAGUGAAAAGUGCGAGUUGAUUUGUUUCAUUUCUCAAGUGAGUAUUUAAAAGAAAUGAAUAAACUGGUGACGCUUUCGAAACCAUUAAAUUCGAUAAUUAGGCUCGUGAACACCCAAAGUAAGACAUCUGCGAAAGAAAUCCUGCAUAUUAGUAACAGUUGCGUCAAACGUUUGAAAGAAAUUGGCGACGGAAGUAGCUUGAGAAUCGUCGUAGAAGGUGGCGGAUGUGCUGGCUUCCAAUAUAAAUUCGAAUUGGACAACAAGAUCACCGAAGAAGACAAGGUAUUUGAAAAAGAUAACGUCAAAAUAGUUGUAGAUUCGACUUCGUUAGAAUAUAUAAACGGAUCGACGGUAGAAUACGAAGAGCAACUGAUUCGUUCGGCUUUUAAAAUAACAAAUAAUCCGUUGGCAGAGGAAGGCUGCAAUUGCGGUGCUUCGUUUUCCAUCAAAAUAGAAUAAGUAUUUCGAUAGUCACACCUUUAGUCAAGAUGAGUUUCUUAACAAAAAUACUGGGCGGAAAGAAGGAGGAGAAAGGACCGACUACUUCCGAAGCCAUAAUGAAUCUUAGAACAACCGAAGACAUGUUGAUAAAGAAACAACAGUUCUUAGAAAAGAAGAUAGACGAAGAAAUAGCAAUCGCUAAGGCGAACGGAACGAAAAAUAAACGAGCUGCGAUUCAAGCGCUCAAACGAAAGAAAAGAUA